UCAACUCUUCACGAGCGUUGCCUGUAGGUACUUGUUCACUGUUCAGCUGUCACACGUACUGACCCUGUCUAGUCCUGCACGAUUUGAACUUGAUCCAUACCGAUCUCAAACCCGAAAACAUCUUGUUGUGCGACAGCAGCUACCAGACGUUCACGUAUAACCGCAAGAUUCCAUCAUCGUCUACAACUAUAAACCGCCAGGCCACACAGCGCCGGGUGCUCCUGGACACGGAAAUCAGACUGAUUGACUUUGGUUCGGCCACUUUCCAGGACGAAUACCACAGCUCGGUCGUGUCCACGCGCCACUACCGGGCCCCCGAGAUCAUUCUUGGGCUGGGCUGGUCCUAUCCUUGCGAUAUUUGGAGCAUCGGCUGCAUCCUGGUCGAGUUCUUCACCGGGGAUGCUCUAUUUCAAACGCACGACAACUUGGAGCACCUCGCUAUGAUGGAGGCUGUUGUCGGCCGUAGGAUCGACUCCCACCUUGUUCAGGCAGUCAACAAGAUGUCGACCCGGAGUGGCGGGAACCCCGCAUCCAAGUAUUUCAAGCGACUCAAGCUCGAUUAUCCGACGCCGGAUACGACUCGUGGCUCUCGGCGAUUUGUCAAGGCCAUGAAGCAGCUACACGAUAUUAUCCCUUCGAACACGACGUUCCUUAAAAAUUUCCUUGAUUUGUUGGGGAAGAUUUUCGUUUACGAUCCUGCUCAACGCAUCACCGCCAAGGAGGCGCUCAAUCAUCCAUGGUUCAAGGAGAUGGCCCACCCCGACGACGGAACUGAGGCGGCCAAGAUUAGGCUUGAGAGGAAGCGCGCCGCCGAGCACGAACACCUGCGACACCCCCAGUACGUUGGCUGAGGGAAGCCCUCGAAGGCGGCAUUUUCCUUUGACCUCUACAAAUAACGACCAAACGCGCAUGACCAUGGAGUUGGGAAGUGUACAUAUGGCAGAUGCACAGCACCGGCGAGUUUUGCAAUUCUACUGGAAGAUCGACUCUUGUCGGCAAAAGGGGCGACUGUACUUAGCGUAUUAGUUGCAGUAUCUUUGUUCCCAUCUUGCUGGCUUUUGGCCCGCACCGGGCAGUCAUCAAACUCGGGAGUGAACCGCUUCUGUGGGGUCUUCGCAAACGAUGCCCUUGGACACAGCGCGGGCCGCUUUCUGAGAGACGGCGUACAUGGACGAGGAGGCAUACGGUUGUCGAAACCUAAUACAUACCAAUGUCUGUCCACUACACGAGGACGCGUGCCUGGUUUGUACGUCUGGGGACACUGGGAGGCCCCUCGACUGCAUCGAACGGACGCUUCUGCACAACUGUCGUGAGUUGGCUGACCUGCAGAUACUUGCACCGGGGACUGCGGUUCGACAUGCGAAAGACAUUGACAAACACAGCCCCAAUCAGUUUCGACACGUCUCUUACUGACGCAAGUCUUGUUUGUGCGCAUUGGACGGUUUGGCUGCUUGCUCGGAAGGGAGAUGGGCGUGGGCCGGAGGCCACUGGCUUUGUCUCGACAUGGACCAGUUGCACCUGGCCAUGCCAGAGGCCCGUUGCCAAGGGGUUUGUUGGAACCGCUGGCGCGAGCAGCAUAAGAGGGUGCUUUGAUUGUCCUUGACCAUGCCUCUCGCUCUUCUCCCUUGCCAGGCAGAGCAAGACCGGCCGACAAGACUGCCCUACAGCUAUCCCGGAUUGGGCGUGUUUUUGCUUUCCUGGAACGGAAGCCUGACAGGCUCAUCGAGAGAUGACUAGGAAGAAUCAGCGCAAAGCAUCGCACAGGGCCGGUAAGAAAACAUCGAGCAAGUUGGUCAGCGGUGACGUGGACAGCCGGCUGGGUCAUGUCUCCAACAGGCAGCUCGACCAGCUCACCCGCGUGCUUUUCCGCGACCCCGCCUUAAAUAGGCGAAAAUGGGUUAAGGAGCAAGGAGUUCUCAUGAAGCGUUUGGACGGCCGGUUCCUGCGGCCCAAGGGGUUGACAUCGCGGCUGGCGAUGCGUAUGGCCAAGCAUGGCGUCCCGUUCACCCUGGCUCAGGCAGACCUAUGCAGACUGCACAAUCCGCUAGACCCGCGCCUGAUUCGCAAGCUAUCGACGAUGGUUGAUGAGGAGUUCGCCGAGUGGCCGAGGAAGCUUCGCCGCCGCGAGGUGCGGCUCAAGGACGAAUCGCCGCUGGGACAUUGGCUUGAUAGAAUGGACGAGGCGAAGGAAAUGUGGCUAUGCGGAGAGCUCUCGGACAAGCAUGAGGGUGCAUGGCCGCGAAUGGGACGCUGGCAUAGAGGCAGGGGAUGUGAGGCGUGCCUCCUAGCCGCCGUGGGAAGAAAUUUUGAAGCCGUACGCGACUUGACGGUCAGCGUCACGACUCGUCAACGGUAUAUGGCGGCCCGAUGGCCUGGCUACCAGACUCCGCCACUUUUACGCGUCCUCAAAUCAUGGAGAAAGCUGUACCCCGAGGAGACGAGGCAGGCCCUCACGCGAGACUGUGAGAGACUGGCCGGAGACAUCAUGCAGCUGCUGCGAGAGUUGAGGGCAGAGAGGGAGGCCCGGAAGGAGGAGAAGCGAAGCCUGUGGGUGCUGCUUGGAGCGGCGGGCCUGCGAGACCAUUCGUGUGAAUCGCUUCCCAACGGCAGGUUCAGAUUCCAUCCGCGCCGGGCAAGGCAAGGUGUUUUGAGAGACGGGGCAGGGAGCAAUUCUCAACCGCAGGCGCAAGAUGACAUGGGGGAGCAGCCGCAAGGCGAAGCAUUUUGUCCGCCGAAUGGGCCGAUGGCCACCAACGCCGGCCGCGAGGCCACUUGCCAGAACCCAUCGCAGGUGGGCGAACAGCACGGAACGCCUGGGAAGUCGUCGCAGCCAGGGCAGCCGGGGGUGAAGGCCACGGCAGCGCAGAAGGCUGCCGCUACGAACACGCAGUCACACCAGCAUGGCGUGGACGCAGCCGGGAAGGGCGCCGAGCCAUCCAUGAACGGGCAGGGAUACGGCCACGAGGCGAAUUGUCGCGGAAGAGCCGUGGACGCGACGCCGAGGCCGACGGCUCCUCGCCCGUCGUUAUUCAGUCGCCUACGCAACACUGCGCGCGGAAGAGAGGACAAGCAUCAUCACGCAGCGACGGGAGUAUUCACCGGUAAUCGUGCCGAUGGCGCACAGUCGAUGUCGACGCGGAAGAACACAGCGUCGCGGCCCCGGGAGUACGUUGCUCGACAAACACAGACCCGUCCGGCUCAAGACACCAAGCAACAGAGAGCCGCUGCGGAGGUCAAGCGCACGUCGCCAAGGGCGACUGACAAGUCCCACGAGCACGGCGAGCCACUGACGAAGCAACGUCUCGCUCGGGACAUGCCCUCGAGACGGGGGGCGAGGCGGCCCGGACAUCCGUCCGCUUCGAGCCCGGGCAGCGCGUCAAAGCACGCUGCUGGUGGUCCUCUGUUCGAACCUGCGAGGCCACUUGAUGAUCGACAGGGAUUCAGGUUCCGUACCGCAGAGAUGUUCAUGGGGACACCACAGCCACGGCCAGCUCGGGUGCAAACGCAAGAUUUCAUCCGACGGCGAGAUGAUGGCGGGACGAAAACAAAACCGCCCCUUUCGCAGUCGCGCAGACGGCGCAGACGCAAGCACAGGUGCCGUAUGUUGCGCCUCAACAUAUUGAGGCACAAUGGCGGCGGGUAUCACGCGGACGGCUCACGCUACGGCAGCACCGCCGCCGCCGAGAUGAAGCCUCGCAGAGAAGAACACGUGACGAGGCAUCAGACCCGUGGCCACGCGCCCGACACGCCCUACGACGGCGUCGGCAGGCAUGGUGCCGAGGGGAGCGGCUAUGUGAACGAAGCUGCGGCAGUGCCUGGCGUUGGAGACGCUGGUAAUGGCAUGGCCUGGUUUAACCCGCUCCGGAUGUUCGUCGCGGGCGACGGCGGCGGCGGCGGCGGGCCCUCGACGACGAAUCCGCCGCUGUCACCGAACGUGCCAGCGAUGCAGCGACGCCCUACUGAAUACGGUUCGACGAAGGAGUACGGGACGGGCGGUGGUGGUCAUGUCGGCUGCGAUGAGAAUGAAGCAUUACGCGGGGGGACGGAACGCUCUUGGGCGGCGGGGGUUGAAGAUGACGACGACGACGACGACGACGACGACGCUUCGGUUCGCACGGGCCGGCCGCGGCAAGGGAGCACCCGUGAUGGCGGUGGUGGUGGUGGUGGUGGUGCAAACGACGACGGCGGCCUCCGCGUGCGCGCCGGCGAGCGGGAGGACGGGCCAGCCAGGGGACGCCCGCCCUGGCCCUUCGGGGAACAUAUCGUUGAUCGUACCGGAGGACGUGGCUGGUGACGAGACGAGACGCGACGUGGCGCGACAAGACGCGUCGUUGUGGUAUCAUGCUAUAAAAAUGCCUUGGCCAAGAGGGCAAGGCAAAGGCAGAACAUAUAUAGAGAGAGAGGCCGUGGCUUUUUUUUGUGUGUUUGUCUGUGUGCGACACCACGGCAAUACAUCUUGCCCGAAUCACAAGGACUGGGGCAGAAUGGCUUGAUCAACUGCGGGCCAUGUGGCAGUGACGAUGGGGAAGUCGGUAGUAGCAUGUCAUGUCCUGCCUUGUCACAUGUGAUGAUUGAACCGCGUCAAGUCAAGUCAUGGUCGUGGGUAUUCUGCGCCGCCUGCCCUGGGGCUGUCUGUCCCAUGCAUGCUGCACGUCAUACAUACAAUACACGCACGCAUGCUGGCUAGUAGAUCAAGGGGUGCAAAAGAAAGAAUAAACCGACAAGUGAC